GAGGUGGCGGCAGCGGUAGCGGCAGGCGCCGCCGGGACGGGCACGGGCGCGCGGGCUCGGCAGGGCGCCGGCUGCCUCCCUCCGUCGCUCGCUUUCCGGCUGUGGGGCUAGGAUCGCCCCAGCGCCCUCGGAAAGGAAGAAGGGGGGCCGAGGACGCCGACAAGUUCGCUUAGCAGCCAGGAUCCCGGCCAAAGCCGGAGGCUGCGCCUCCGACGGGGCAGCAGCGCGCUCCGCAGCGGAGCGCACGAUAGAGCGUCCGAGGCGGGGGGCGCCCGGGCCUUUCGCUCUCGGCGGGGCCGUGGGCCGGGAUCCCAUGAGACGCUCCCGCGAGGGGCUCCAGAUCCGAAGCCCCGGCAGCGCGCGGCGGAGGCGGAGGGCGGUGCUGCAGCUGCCGGAGCCCGGGAGCCACCGGCAGGAGGCGGCGGAGAGAACUUGAACUUGGCGUCGGGAGCAGGCGCCCCGGACGCCCCCCGCCGGGGCCGGGGCGCCGAGGGACCUGGGCGGCUGCGCUGCCCCCCGAAUGGCCGCGGCCGUGGACCUGGCUCCCGUGCCGCGGCCCUAGGCGGCCUCUCGCCAUGGCCAAGUGGCUGAACAAGUACUUCAGCUUGGGCAACAGCAAGACCAAGAGCCCCCCGCAGCCGCCGCGGCCCGACUACCGCGAGCAGCGGCGCCGGGGCGAGCGGCCCUCGCAGCCCCCGCAAGCCGUGCCGCAGGCCUCCGCGUCCUCCUCGGCGUCCUGCGGUCCGGCCGCCGCCUCCUGCUUCUCGGCCUUGUCGGGAUCGCUGCCCGACGACAGCGGCAGCACGAGCGACCUCAUCCGCGCCUACCGCGCACAGAAGGAGCGCGACUUCGAGGACCCCUACAACGGCCCCGGCUCGUCGCUGCGCAAACUGCGCGCUAUGUGCCGCCUGGACUACUGCGGCGGCGGCGGCGGGGAGCCGGGCGGGGGCCAGCGCGCUUUCUCCGCCUCGUCCGCGUCGGGCGCCGCGGGCUGCUGCUGUGCCUCCUCUGGUGCGGGCGCCGCCGCGUCCUCGUCCUCGUCCUCCGGCUCCCCGCACCUCUACCGCAGCAGCAGCGAGCGGCGCCCGGCCACGCCGGCCGAGGUGCGCUACAUCUCCCCCAAGCAUCGCCUCAUCAAGGUGGAGAGCGCCGUGGGCAGCGCCGGGGAUCCCCCGGGGGGUGCCUGCUCGGGCGGCCGCACUUGGAGCCCCACCGCCUGCGGAGGCAAGAAACUGCUCAACAAGUGUGCUGCCUCGGCCGCGGAGGAGAGCGGGUCCGGCAAGAAGGAGAAGGUGAUUAUCGCUGAUGACUACUCAGAUCCCUUUGAUGCCAAGAAUGAUCUCAAGAGUAAAGCGGGAAAGGGGGAGAGUGCUGGCUACAUGGAGCCCUACGAGGCCCAGAGGAUCAUGACAGAAUUUCAGAGGCAGGAAAGCGUCCGGUCCCAGCACAAAGGCAUCCAGUUGUACGACACCCCUUACGAACCCGAGGGCCAAAGCAUCGACUCGGACUCAGAGAGCGCAGUCAGCCCCCGACUGCGGGAGAGCAAGCUGCCCCAGGAUGACGACAGGCCCGCUGAUGAGUACGACCAGCCGUGGGAGUGGAACCGGGUCACCAUCCCAGCCCUGGCAGCCCAGUUUAACGGCAAUGAGAAACGACAGUCAUCCCCCUCGCCUUCCCGGGACCGGCGGCGCCAGCUUCGAGCUCCCGGAGGGGGCUUCAAGCCCAUCAAACAUGGGAGCCCCGAGUUCUGUGGGAUCCUGGGAGAAAGAGUGGAUCCUGCUGUCCCACUGGAGAAGCAAAUAUGGUAUCACGGAGCCAUCAGCAGAGGAGAGGCCGAGAACCUGCUGCGACUCUGCAAGGAGUGCAGCUACCUCGUCCGGAACAGCCAGACCAGCAAGCACGACUACUCCCUGUCCCUGAAGAGCAACCAGGGCUUUAUGCACAUGAAACUGGCCAAAACCAAAGAGAAGUACAUUCUGGGUCAGAACAGCCCCCCGUUCGACAGUGUCCCCGAAGUCAUCCAUUACUACACCACCAGGAAGCUGCCCAUCAAAGGCGCCGAGCACUUGUCCCUCCUCUACCCUGUGGCUGUGCGGACCCUGUGAGAGGACCAGCCUCGCCCUGCGCUGACAGGGCCCAGACCUGGAGGAGCCAGAGCCCCCGCCGACCAGCGUGUCCAGUUCGUGUCGUGUGUAUGGUACUAGCACACCACUGCAUGUCUCUAGAAUGCUGUUGCCACUAAGGGGGCUGGGCAAGGCCUGGAUAAAGACAGAGGGACGGCCAACAAGCCACCCCAGCCCCCACCCACCCCCCCUCCUUGAGUUUCUGUGAAUUAAAAUAUUUGCAAAUCCAAAGAGAUGCCUUGCAGGAUGAACAAAGGCAAGCAGCUCCGAGGGGAGGGCCGGGCGGGAACUGCCUGGGUUGCAGCGCUUUGUUCUCCAGCUGUCAGGAAUUCACACCUGUGCGGGGAGCACAGCUUUCCCACCAGGGCCCCACUGCU